AUGUCGCCGGAAUACAAACUCAAGGGCGUUAGCUCGCUGGCCCUCCAGCCCGGUGACAAACAGGAGGUCGAAGUUGAGGGCCUAGAUGCCAAGGUCCUCCUCCUUAAUGCCGGGGGCAAGGUCCAGGCAAUUGGCCCCAACACGUGCUUCAACAGCAAGACCGGCGACAUCGAAGAUGCCCCAGGCCUUGAUGCGCUUCCCGUCUUCAAAACCACCGAGCGCGACGGCGCCGUCUACAUCACUGGCGAUGCAGACACGAUCAAAUCGGGUCGCCGCAAGCCCAACUUCAAGUGCACGGCGACGGGAGGAGACAAGGUUGUCGUGGUGGGUGGGGGAUCCGGCGCCUUGGGAGUCGUAGAGGGCCUGCGCGAGAAGGGCUUCAAGGGCGCCAUCACAGUCAUCACAAGCGAGGGCUACCUGCCCAUCGACCGACCGAAGCUCAGCAAGGCACUGCUGACCGAUCUGGCGAAACUACAAUGGCGAGACGAGGAGUGGUUCAAGAGCGGGAGCGUCGACAUUGUCCAGGAUGAAGUCACGGGCGUCGACUUCGGGACCAAGACAGUCGCGACAAAGUCGGGUGGAAAGUUCGCCUACGGAAAGCUGGUUCUAUCCACAGGGGGCACGCCGAGGCUCUUGCCGCUGCAGGGCUUCAAGGUCCUUGGCAACGUUUUCACGCUGCGCAAUGUUCACGACGUCAAGAAGAUCGUCGAGGCCAUCGGCGAGAAGGGCAAAAAGAUUGUUAUCAUUGGCUCGUCCUUCAUCGGAAUGGAAAUCGCCGUUGCGACUUCCAGCGGUAAUGACGUCACCGUCGUCGGCAUGGAGAAGGCGCCGCUUGAGCGGGUACUGGGCGAACAGGUGGGCAACAUUGUCAAGAAAGGAGUCGAGGCCAAGGGAGUCAAGUUCUACCUUUCGGCGGGUGUGGAGAAGGCCGAGCCGUCGGCCUCGGACCCAUCGAGCGUAGGAUUUGUCCACUUGAAGGACGGGACCAAGCUCGAGGCCGAUAUCGUCAUUCUCGGAGUGGGUGUCGCGCCUGCGACCGAGUACCUAAAAGACAACAGCGUGGUGCGCCUCGAGGGAGAUGGGAGCCUCAAGACGGACGAGUCCUUCUCCGUCGUUGGGCUCAAGGAUGUCUAUGCUAUCGGCGACAUUGCCACGUACCCGUACCACGGUCCCGGCGGCGGCGGCAAGUACGUCCGCAUCGAGCAUUGGAACGUUGCGCAGAACGCGGGGAGAACGGUGGCGAGCCACAUUGUGAACCCCGGCCUCGAACCGCAGUUCUUCACGCCCGUGUUCUGGAGCGCGCUCGGAGCACAGAUGCGGUACUGUGGUAACACGAUGGCCAGCGGAUGGGACGACGUCGUGCUGCAGGGCACGCCUGACCAGGGUAAAUGGGCGGCUUUCUACACCAAGGGCGAAACAGUGGUGGCCAUGGCCAGCGUGGGCAUGGAUCCCGUCAUGGCCCAGAGCGCGCAGCUUAUGCAGUUGGGGAGAAUGCCCAGCAAGACUGAGCUGAAGAAUGGCCUGGACGUGCUGAGCCUCGGCCCCCCGCAGCUUGCCGCCAUUUCGAAUGUCUGGCAGGCUCACCACGCGCGCCACGGGCGCAUGCUUCAGCUUGGCAAGACACUCCAUCAAAAAUAUGGAGCUGCUGUUCGCGUCGGGCCAAACGAGGUUUGGUUUGACUCGAGCGAAGCAUUCAAGUCUAUAUAUAGUGUGGGCAAUGGCUUUGAUAAAUCUGGCUUCUAUCUGGCCACGUCUUUGAGCAAGCCAACUAUCGACUGGCGACUAAAGCUCCACUUUCCGGAUACGCUGGAUUUUCUUUCAGAGUUUGAUGUAAAGCGGUAUCGACUGCAGAGACGGCUCAUUCGCCCUCUGUACCAGACAUCUAAUCUUCAGAAGUUCGAGCCAGCGAUCGACGACGUGAUCGAUAAAGUUAUAUCGAAGCUAAGGUCCCUGAAGGGUGCCGAGGUAGAUCUGAAGGAGUGGAUGCACAUCAUUGCUGUAGAAUGCCUCGGAGCCGUCGUGCUUUCCUGGUCCCCCGGCUACAUCCGAAACGGCUCUGACGCCGGCACCAGCGCACAGGGAUAUCUUGGCUGGAAGCGCAAGAGCGUUUUUGGCCUCUUUCCAACCAUCACUACCGCCGCAUUCUUCUCGAGAUCGCUGGGUAGAAGCUUCUCAAACCUCUGGGGCGUGACAUUCAAGACACCCAAGAAUUUCAAGCCCUUCUUCACUCCUGUCUAUCAAAAGACUUCGAAACGAGUAGCUGCCGCAUUGCGUCUGGAUCCAAGGCAACAGACAAAAGACGCUGGUAGGAAGGACCUCCUAGCCGACCUUAUCCAAUUGCACAAGGACAGACCCGAGUUUACUGAGACGUACCUGCGUCGGCUGGCCAUGACCAAUUUUGGUGCUGGGCAUGAGACAAUGUGUUCGGCACUCACCUCGGCCAUGGCCAUGAUUGGCUCCCACAGGGAUGCCCAACAAAAGGCUGCAGCUGAAGUGCGUGAUGCGGUCCCCGGUCCGACCAGUUACGGCACUGCCGUUCGCCUGCGUUAUACCCAGGCCAGUAUUAGGGAGGCCCAGAGAUUGUAUCCCGUUAUCGGUAUGUCCUUGUCUAGGACUGUACCCAGCGGCGGGAUGGAAGCCCAUGGUUGCUACUUUCCGUCUGGAACGACAGUGGGCUGUAACCCAGUGGCCCUUCACCGCAACGCUGAAAUAUUCGGCCCAGAUGCCACCGAGUAUAACCCCAGCAGAUGGCUUGAGGACAGGCAGGACCGCGACGUCGACCAGGUUCGGCAAAUGGAGAGAUAUAACCUGAUCUGGGGUGGCGGCUCAAGAGCGUGCCCCGGCCGCCACCUUGCCGAGAUGGUUUUGUUCAAAGCCGUCCCUUCGUUGCUAAAGGCAUUCGACAUCCGUGUUACCCAUAUGCCCCCCGACGACGACAUACAAUACUACUUUAUGGCCAUGAUCACCGGGGUCAAGGCACGAUUCCUGCCUAUUGGUCCGGCAGCGGAGAUUUAA